GUUCUGUGCUGAAAGGCACAUUUCUGGAUAAACAUGUAGAAGCACAGAAAGGAGAAGAAAAUAUCCAAGCAUUAAUGACUGCUGAGAAGACCAAAGGAUUCUGUCAGCUAGUUGUUUCAUCAAAUCUACGUGAUGGCAUUUCACAUUUGAUUCAGUCAGCUGGGCUCGGUGGCAUGAAACAUAACACUGUUUUAAUGGCUUGGCCACAAAGAUGGAAACAGCCUAACAUUCCCUACAGCUGGAAAAAUUUUGUUGAUACAGUGCGAGAUGCUACAACAGCUCAGCAAGCAUUACUUGUGGCAAGGAACAUUGAUUCAUUUCCUGCCAACCAAGAGCGUUUCAGUGAGGGGAAUAUUGAU